AUGCUGAAUAGCUCUUACUCGAUGCAGCAGUUCACCAGGGCCCUAUUGGGCGGCCUCUUAUCAAUCUCCCCCCUCGCAGUAGAAGGCUACUCGUGCUCCUCGCCCGCCGAAGCAUGCCUGAUCCUCGCCUCCACGCUGCCGCCUGAAGUGUUCACGGCACCGAACACGACAGACUAUCAGUCGGUUCGGGACGGCUACUGGAGCCAAACCGCCGGAGGCCUGAGCCCGGCCUGCAUCACACGUCCUAGGACCACCGAGGAGGUGGCGUCCAUCGUCAAAGUGUUCUCGACCUGCGGCAACGAUGUCCGACUCGCCAUCAAGAGCGGCGGCCACGGCUCGUCCCCGGGUUGGUCCAGCACCGACGGUGGCGUCCUCGUCGCCAUGGACGCCAUCAGCGAGACCCAAAACGUAGCAGACAAGGGCUACGCUCUCGUCGGCUCCGGAGCCCGCUGGGUCGACGUGUACAAGACUCUCGAACCCCAAGGCGUGACCGUCAUCGGGGGCCGCUUCGCAUCCAUUGGCGUCGGCGGCCUGCUCCUCGGCGGCGGCAUGAGCUACUUCAGCGGACUCCACGGCAUGGCGUGCGACAACGUGCUCAACUACGAGGUCGUCCUCGCCGACGGCACGGUCGUCAACGCCAACAUGACCUCCGAGCCGGACCUCUUCCGCGCCCUCAAGGGCGGCGGGAACCAGUUCGGCAUCGUCACGCGCUUCAGCCUCAAGACCUACCCGCACGCCAACCAGGUCUGGGCCGGCAUCCUGACCUUCUCUCUCGACAAGGCCAAGGAAGUCUUUGCCGCCACGCAAGCCUUCAGCGCCAAAUACGACCCCCAAUCGCACAUCUACCUCAGCAUGGGAGGCGGCGCGAACCCGCAGCUGGACUUCCUCAACGUCUACGUAUUCUACAACGCCUCCUCGCCGCCCGCGGGCGACGCCAGCCCCUUUGCGGGCUUCUACGCCGCCAAACCCACGGCAGACAGCACCGCCACGCAGAACUUUUCCGCCCUCAUCACGUCCAACAACAAUGGCAACCUACCGCUCAAGCGCUGGCUCAUUGGCGGCCACACGUUUCCCAACCUCCAGGGGCAGCAGGGCGCGGAUCUCUACCUGCAGCAGUGGCAGAACUUCCGCGACAAAGCCAACGCCACGGCAGCGGGCGACCAGGCGCGCAUAUUCUCCAUGGCACUGGUUCCCGUCCCCGCGGCCGUCACGCGCGCCGGCAAUCGUGUGGCUUCCGGCGGCGGCGUCAAGAACGUGAUGGGGCUCGAUGCGGACGCCGGGGACGCCGCGUGGGUUGACUACACGCUCGCCUGGGCGGAGGCCAAAGACGACGAGAGGAUGUUUGGGUUCGUCGAGGGUAUCAGUGCGGACGGUGACCGGCUGGCGACGUCUUUCGCGCCGGGGGUGAGGAGCUCGAAUGCUGUUGAGGGGGAAUGGGCGGUGUCUGCGGAGAAGGCGGCGUUUUAUAGGACGAAUCCGCGGUAUAUGAAUUAUGCGCUUUUGAACCAGCCUGUGCAGGCGAGUUAUGGCGAGGAGAAUGGGCGGUUUUUGCGGGAGGUGCAGAGGCGGUAUGAUCCUACUGGGUUGUGGAGGAGGGAUGGUGGGUUUCUCUGGGAGUAG